GAGAGGGGACCGAAUCGACUCGAUCCCAACUCUCCUCUCUUCGCUCUAUUCUUCUCCGCCUCCGUCGCCAUCCAUCCGUUGCUUUCCCCCUUCCGCCCUCUCGGCUCCGUCGCUUUCUCCGCUGACUCCCUCCAUUACUAACCCGGGCUAGGGUUUUGGUCCUCGGUAACGAUGGCGGAAUCGGGGGUCCCCGGCUCGCCGGAGAGCGGUCACUCCGGCGACCACGGCGGCGGUGGCGGAGGAGGAGCGAGCGCCAGGGAGCAGGAUCGGUUCCUACCCAUCGCCAACAUCGGGCGGAUCAUGCGCAAGGCCAUCCCGGAAAACGGCAAGAUCGCUAAGGACGCCAAGGAGUCCGUGCAGGAGUGUGUCUCUGAGUUCAUCAGCUUCAUCACCAGCGAAGCGAGCGACAAGUGCCAGCGGGAGAAGAGGAAGACCAUCAACGGCGACGAUCUGCUGUGGGCGAUGGGGACGCUCGGCUUCGAAGAGUACGUCGAGCCCCUUAAGCUCUACUUGCAGCUCUACAGGGAGGUCGAGGGCAAUGGCAAGGGUUCACGUCCCGCAGAGCAAUCAGGAAAGAUAGACGGGGCAAUUAAUGGGGACCCAGGUGCUUCGUUCAAUGGCAUGUAGGAUCGGUUGUCGUGGACUCGAAGGGUUGUUCCUAGGAGUGCGUACUAUGUCCUUCAAUCAGAAUGAUAGCCUAUGAGUUCUUGCUGCUGCAGACAUAUCUGUUGUUAUUUCUUCAUGUUGUAUAUUGCCUGGCCUUCCAAAUGACCAGCACCCAGAAAAAUUGUUCCAGCCCAUGCAUGUCUUGGACUUGGACCCAUCACUGAUCUCAGCUCAACUUUGGCCUUUGCUAAGAAAUUUGUCUGACUGUUGUGAAAACAGACUUAUAUAGCUUGUGAAAUUUGGUUAAGGAAUCACUGUUGCAAUGUUUUACAUGCUUCAUUCUGUAUCAUGUCAAAUUUAAGGAGCUAUGUUGCUUGGAUUUGGUGCAGUAA